AUGGCUGAACAAGAUCCACCCCGCGAUAUUGUGACCCCACUAAAAACCAAGGGCGAGAUUGAUGUUGUGCGUCUCGAGGCUGCAUUAGGACACAAGCAGGAGUUAAAGCGCAACUUUGGACUAUGGAGCCUGACCAGCCUGGGAAUUGUCAUUGCGAAUUCUUGGGCCUCAAUAGGUGGAACCAUCGUCGCCGCUCUUAAAAAUGGAGGUCCUAUGGCUGUUAUCUACAGUCUUAUUCUGGUCAGCAUUUUCUAUACAGCGAUCUCAGCAUCUUUAGCAGAGCUUGCAUCUUCAAUGCCCUCUGCUGGGGGAGUAUACUACUGGUCCUCAGUACUUAGCCGCAAUAAGGGACGUGGAGCAGGCUUCUUUACUGGCUAUUUAAAUGCAUGUGCCUGGCUACUCUCUGCCUCAUCCAUGAGUUCCAUGCUGGGAACUGAGGCAGUGGCUAUGUACUUGCUGGAUCAUCCAGGCGUGAAGUGGAAUUCUUGGCAGGUUUUUGUGGUCUUUCAAAUUGUCAACUGGACCUGUUGCGCUAUUGUGUGUUUUGGAAAUCGAUUUAUCCCACUGCUGAACAGAAUUGCGCUGAGUUUAUCAAUGUGUGGGCUAUUGGUCACUGUACUCGUUCUCGUCGUUAUGCCUACUACUCAUGCGAGUAACGCCCUGGUUUGGACCGAAUAUCAUAACAAGACAGGCGGGUGGUCCGAUGGUAUUUGCUUCAUGACUGGACUUUUGAACGCAGCCUUUGCAGUCGGUACACCUGAUUGUAUCAGUCAUCUCUCAGAAGAAGUUCCCAAUCCUGAAUCCAAGGUUCCUCAAGGAAUUAUGCUGCAGAUGUUGACUGGAUUCACGACAUCCUUCGUUUACCUCGUUGCGCUUUUCUACUCAAUCCAAGACCUUGACGCGGUAUAUACCAGUGAAAUCGGCUUUUUCCCAACAGCCGAGAUUUACAGACAAGCAACAGGGUCAAGUGCUGGUGCUAUAUGCCUAGUCGCUGUCCUCUUUCUCGCGACCUUUCCGACCUUAAUUGGCACUUUCGUCACAGGUGGCCGAAUGUGGUGGAGCCUCGCCCGGGACAAUGCGACACCCUUCGCCAGCUAUUUUGCCCAUGUUCAUCCAACCCUCAACUGCCCCGUACGCGCAACAGUAGCGAUGAGUGCUUUUGUGACCUGCUUGGGAUGCAUCUAUGUGGGCAGCACGAUGGCAUUCCAGGCCUUAAUAUCCUCAUUUAUCGUGUUGAGCUCGCUAUCCUACCUCGGUGCUAUCCUCCCGCAUGUUUGGUCAGGGCGUCAAAAUAUGGUCCCCGGCCCAUUUUAUAUGGGACAAAAACUCGGCAUGGCCGUGAACAUUGCCUCAAUACUAUACAUCUUGGUCACUAUUGUCUUCUUCUGUUUCCCACUGGAACGUCCGGCUACAGUGAAGAACAUGAACUACACAAGCGUCAUAAUUGUGGGACUGAUAGCCUUGACGGCUUUAUGGUGGCUACUGAGAGCUAGACGUGAAUACCAAGGACCGCAGUACAGCUUUGAGGCUGCGGAGAGACUCAGUGCCUUUCAAUCCGGCAAGGAAGGCCGUCGCUCCUUUAUUGAUGUUGUUGAUGUUGCGAGGCAGUGUACACCUUGUUGA